AUGCCCGGCACCUGGCCCUGGAUGGUCAGCAUCCGGACCCCGUUCAAGUCUGGCUACCAGCACACCUGCGGAGGGUCGCUCGUCGGCUCCAGGUGGAUCCUCACGGCAGCCCACUGCUUCAGAGACAUCAGGCACCUGACCAAUUGGGAACUGGUGUUGGGCACGACCAAAUUAUCCCACCCGGGUCCCGACGCAGAAGUCCGCUUCCCCAAGAGGGUGGUACAGCACGAGAACUACCAGCCUCGCCAGCAGAUCAACGACAUUGCCCUGGUGGAGUUGGAUGACCCCGUGAAGUGCAACGACUACAUCCAGCCCGCCUGCUUGCCGGACGGCUCGGUGGACGUCUCCAGCAUGGUCCAUUGCUACAUUGCUGGGUGGGGCUAUACGCGGGAGAAAGGUGAGAGUCCACCAGGCACAAACAACCAGGCACAAACAACCAUUGCUGGAGUGACUCCACACUGUGUACUACUUGCUUCAAAGGAAAAUUCAGCACCUGUAAAACUUGGUGGUUUUGGAGUUGCUAUUCAAUUAGGAGAAUCAGGACUUGUUGCUGGAGAAGUUAUGAAUGAGGUGAUCUCCGAGACCAAGAUAUCCAAAUCAUGGUUAGAAGCAUAUAUUACACUUCUGCCACAAGAGGAGUCUGAUCUAACACAAAUCAAGAACUACAGACCCAUCUCCUUGUUAAAUUCAGAUUAUAAUCUAUUUGCUUCAAUAUUAGCAGAACGACCUAAAAAAUGUCUAAACAGUUUUAUCCACACUGAUCAAAAUGGGUUUUUACCAAAGAGACAAAUUAAAGAUAAUAUGAGAAUAAUUUUGGACACUUUGGAGUACUAUUCAGGCGCACCCCGAAAAACAAGUGGCUUUGAAGUUCUUAGANAAAGGCAGAGUGUAAGAGACAAAGACUGA